CACCGAGACCAGCGUUUUGAAGUUGGGUAAAUAACACUUCCCUGGGGAUAUUUUGUCUAAUGUCAACCAAGUGAAGGACCAACAACAUGGAUAAUUGGUAGAGUUGAGACAUGCUCUUGGCUCAGAUAAACCGUGACUCCCAGGGGAUGGCAGAGUUCCAGGAUGCAGACGGCCAGCAGGUGACCCUCUGUCUGGCCGAGGCAGUGACCUUGGCAGACGGCGAUCAUAUGGACACAGUGAGUCUACAGGCGGUAACCCUUGCCGACGGCUCCACAGCAUACAUACAGCAUGACCCCAAAGUUUCCUUUUCAGAUGGACAGCUAAUGGACGGACAGGUCAUCCAACUGGAGGAUGGGUCUGCUGCAUACGUCCAGCAUAUGUCCAUGCCAAAAUCAGGAGGAGACAGUUUGCAACUUGAAGAUGGACAGGCUGUCCAGCUAGAAGAUGGAACAACAGCCUACAUUCAUGCACCCAAAGAGACAUAUGAACAGAGUAGCUUACAGGCGGUGCAGUUGGAGGACGGCAGCACGGCGUACAUCCAGCACACGGUGCACAUGCCACAGUCCAACACCAUCCUGGCCAUUCAGGCCGACGGCACCAUCUCCGACCUGCAGACAGACGGGGGCAUAGACCCUGAGACCAUCAGUGUGCUGGAGCAGUACACCACCAAGGUGGAGAAUUUAGAGAGUGGGCUGUUCGGCCGAGAGGAGACUGAUAAUGGCAUCCACAUGCAGAUUGUUCUCCAGGGUCAAGAGGGUAGGACAGGAAGGGUUUCACACGUAGGGGAGAAGUCCUUCCACUGUGACCACGAGGGCUGUGGGAAACUCUUCACCACUGCUCACCAUCUAAAGGUACACGAGAGAUGCCACACUGGAGAUAAGCCAUAUAUCUGUGACCACAUUGGCUGUGGGAAGAAGUUUGCUACAGGGUAUGGGCUGAAGAGUCACUCGCGUACACACACCGGGGAAAAGCCUUACCGCUGCCAGGAGAUCAACUGCCAGAAGUCUUUCAAAACAUCCGGAGACCUACAGAAGCACACACGGACACACACAGGAGAGAAGCCAUUCAAAUGUCCUGUUGAGGGCUGCGGACGGUCGUUCACUACCUCCAACAUCCGCAAGGUUCACAUCCGCACGCACACCGGAGAGCGGCCGUACUACUGCGCUGAGCCCAGCUGCGGGCGAUCCUUCGCCAGCGCCACCAACUACAAGAACCACAUGAGGAUUCAUACAGGAGAGAAACCUUACGUGUGCACCGUGCCAGGGUGUGAUAAGCGAUUCACGGAGUACUCCAGCCUGUACAAGCACCAUGUGGUCCACACGCCCUGCAAGCCCUACAACUGCAACUACUGUGGGAAGACCUACAAACAGAUCUCCACCCUGGCCAUGCACAAGCGCACAGCGCACAACGACACAGAGCCCAUCGAAGAGGAGCAGCAGGCCUACUUUGAGCAACCCACAGAUGCCAUUGAUGAUCCCGAGGUCACCUACACAUCUGUAGUGGAGGUGGAGGACUCCUUGUCGGAACAGGUGUCUGUGGGGACCCCAGAGGUUCUAGGGCAACAGCACCAAGUGUCUCUAGUCACACAGGAUGGAACAACGCAGCAGGUCAGUAUCUCCGAGGCGGAUUUGCAAGCGAUGGGCGGUACAAUUACCAUGGUAACACAAGAAGGUACCACCAUCACCAUCCCAGCCCAUGAGCUGAUGUCACAAGGGCAUCAUUCUGUCACCAUGGUGACAGCGGAUGGCACAGAGGGACAGGUGCAAAUUAUGACCCCAGAUAUGACCAUGUUCCAGACAGUGGAGGAGGUGGAUUUUAUCCAGGAACAGGAGCACCAGGUGGUGUCUUCAAGCCCUCACCCGGUCACCCUAUUGGCUACUUCCAAUGGCACUCACAUCGCUGUACAGCUCAGUGAUCAACCAUCAUUGGAAGAAGCCAUCAGAAUAGCGUCGCGAAUACAGCAAGGCGAGACCACCGGAUUGGACGAUUAACUCCACAAUUAACUAAUAGCAAAAAAGAAAUUGUGUCUAAACUAUUUUCUAGAUUCUACAAUAAUGGUGUGUGUGUGUGUGUGUGUAUAUAUAUAUAUAUAUAUAUA